AUGCCCACUCGUGAUCGACUUCGACAUUGGCUACAGGGAAAGAGGGAUCCAAGCCCGCUACCGCCGGCUACGGCCACGUCCUCAGUGCUAUCAACCACCUCUGCAGCAUCCCCUACUGGGACGUCGACAAAGAGCAAUUGCACCGUAGGAGCCACUACUGCCUCAGCAAGUGCAGUUACGCUUGUUGCUGCCAGCCGGAAUCAAGCGCUGCAACAAGCCAUUGAGGAGCACAUCUCCACCAUCCCUGACAGGGAAAAGGAUGCUUUCCGUUCCGCAGCACAGAAAAUGACGGAUGACAGUAUCUUGGAGCAGGUGCACUCCGACGACCAAGAUCAUCGAAGUCGGUCAUCCUUUCGGCGACUCAGUGAAUCAAUAUCACGGACAUUGAACCUUCUCAGUCGCUUUACUGACGCCAUUGUAAUCGGUGUCCAGGCCAAUCCAGACAUCUCUUCCAUUAUCGUGGGAGCAGCUCGUGGCUUGAUCUCUGUGGCAAUCGGGUUUGUUAGUUUCUUCGAUAAGUUGUCUGAGAUGAUCAGCCGCAUGAAUGACUAUCUGGAACCUCUGACGGCAUACGCAAAGUCCGCUGGUGAUUCAAAACUCGUCCAAAACUGUUUAGUGAAAGUGUACAUCGAUUUCUUGACGUUAUUCCGUUCUGCUCGCCAUAUUUUCGUGGAUGACCAUGGUAAUACUCGGAAGUGGCUAUCAUGGCGAGAAUUUUGGCGGGUCCAAUGGGUGCCGUUUGAGGAAGAGUUCGGCAAGAUCGAAGCCGAGAUGCGGCAUCAUAAGGAUGUCCUAGGUGAUGCUGCCCGAGCAUUAACGCUUGAGAAGUCUUUUGAAGCCUCCCAGAAUGAACAGGCACGUCGUCAACGAGAGUUAGUAAAGGAGCGCGAGGACUUUUUGCGAUGGCUGUCGAAUUAUCCUUUCGAGGACGUUCAGAAGACGACAUAUGAAAAGAAACAUCCGGGGACAGGCGACUGGCUGCUGCGUCAAUCUGAAUUCGAACAAUGGUUCACCAAACAAGACUCGGCUAUUCUAUGGUGUUACGGUAAACCUGGUGCGGGCAAAUCAGUUCUGGCUUCGAAUGUGAUAGAACAUGUCUCUUCCAAGCGUGCACUGGAUGACCACGUCGGCAUCGCCUUUGCCUAUUACAGUUACCAAGUCAAAGAAAUGCAGGAAAACGCAUUUAUCAUCUCCGCACUGAUCAAACAAAUAUGCCGGCAGAACUAUCGUGUUCCUGAAGGGUUUCUCAAUGUCAAAAGAGACGCCCUUGCACCCUCCCAACUGGGUAAUGUUGAUUCGUUUCUUAAAGCGGUGGAGCACUACCAGCUGAACGAGGUAUUUCUUGUGAUCGAUGCCCUCGAUGAGUGUCCAAAAGUCCAGAGACCAGCGAUCCUGAAGUGUUUACGUGACAUUGUCAGUUGCGGUACAGGUCAUGUAAAGGUCUUUGUGACGAGUCGGCCAGAAAUGGACAUCGAGGAAGCCUUUAAACAGAUGACGAUAGAAUGUAUUAGGAUCAAAGCACGUAGCGUGCAGAGCGAUAUUAAUCUUUAUGCGACCGAAGAGACUCGUCGAUUGAGACAGGGAUCCGAUGGACGAAAGCUGAAUCUCAACGACCCGGCUCUUGAAGAUCAGAUUAUUAAGACACUGACCACCAAAGCAGAGGGCAUGUUCUUGUGGGUGCAUUUACAGCUGAUCCACCUCUGUGAGGAGAGCGAGUCUGGCAAUGACCGCGACGUCGAACGAGCCCUUGCCACGCUUCCAGACGGUCUCGACAAGACGUACGAACGGAGCUUAAAUCAGAUAUUGCAGCAUGAUGAGCGCAGGCGUCGACUGGCUUUCCAGACCCUUCGGUGGGUUAUGUACGCUGAGCGACCUUUGACCGUUAAAGAACUUCAGUAUGCCCUGGCGGAUGAGGAAUCCAGCUCAGGAGGAUGUGAGCCUCGAACGAACGAUAUGAGGUUUCUACUAUCAGUAUGCGCAAAUCUGCUUGAGGUAAUUACGACACAUCCCACAUAUCCCACAGAAGGCACAGUUAGGCCUAUUCAUUACUCAGUACAAGAGUUCAUCACCACGACUUCGGAUCCUCGCAUGCAAGGCCAGCUGCUCAUCGCUCAGCACGAAUCUGGUGAGAUCCACACGGCGCUGGCCACGACAUGCAUGACUUAUCUUAUGUCAAAUCUGACGGGUUUGGCACCAUGCGGAGAAUAUUAUAAACUUGAGCAACGCUUUGAGGAAUGUCCCUUUCUAUGGUAUGCCGCUCGGUCAUUUGACUAUCAUCUGGCGCAAAGCACCCACGGAGCGGCAUUGAUCGCUUUGGCGAAGAGUCUGUUGCAACAACCGAGCAAGUUCUUAGCCUCAGUCCUGCAGGCUAGAGCUACAGUUGAUAAUACCAUGGUGAUCUUCUCUUCUAGGCUCUACGACAUGGUGGAAUUCCACUCUUAUUGGAAGGGUAGACAGCUUAAUCCAUUACUGCUUCAUGCUGCGUGCUCUGCUGGACUGACCCAGGCGGUGGAGCACCUCCUAGAGGUCGGAAUAAUGCCUAAUUCGGCUGAUGAUAACAGGAUUAAUGCAAUCUACUUUGCAGCAAUAUCCGGACAAAUUGAGAUUAUGCGGCUCCUGCUUGAUGCGGGCGCUGAGAUAGAUGCCCAAGGUGGAUAUUAUGGUAAUGCACUGCAGGCAGCAUUAGUUGAAGGUCAUGAGCAGAUGGUACGGUUACUGAUUGAGAAGGGAGCGAAUGUGGAUGCUCAAGGUGGAAGGUAUAGCAAUGAUCCUAUGGGAGCGAAUGUGAAUGCUCAUGGUGGAGUGUAUAGUAAUGCACUGCAAGCGGCAUUAUUAGGAGGUCAUGAGCAGAUAGUACGACUAUUGAUUGAGAAAAAGGCGGAUGUGGAUGCUCAAGGUGGAUACUAUGGCAAUGCACUGCAAGCGGCAGCACAUAUGGGUCAUGAGCAGAUAGUACGACUAUUGAUUGAGAAGGGAGCAAAUGUGGAUGCUCAAGGUGGAUGGUAUGGUAAUGCACUGCAAGCAGCAUCAUGUGAAGGUCAUGAGCAGAUAGUGAAGAUACUGCUAGACGCAGGUGCUCAGGAGGCAGGUGAAGAUUAA